AUGUCUGACGGAACAUCGUCCCACACUCAGCUCUCUUCUCCCUCUACCUCUACCGCGAAGCUCUGCUCCAAAACCUACAAGAAAGCUUCACAGCUGUUCCUCACCCGACGACUCGUAGAGUCACUGGCUUCGCUUCAGCCUAUAAUUACUGUCCCAGCAACCCAGGAUGACCAACACACCAACGGGGAUCAUUCUUCGGCUGCCGCACCCAUCGCCACCGCCCCCGCGACUUGGAGAAUCAAAGUGUGGAACCUGUACAUCACGCUGCUGAGCGCGAUUGUAGACCUAGGCGCGGAGGAAGGCGCGAAACAAUUUGGCCAGAAGGAGUGGAAGGCAAUUGCUACGCAGAUUGGUUACCGAGGCCGAGAAGGCUCGGUUAACCCAGAGGUGGUCAACAACCUAGCUACAUUGAUCCUGACUCAUUCGCCGUCACAAGCCCUGAAUCAGCGACGUUUAGAAACAUACCUUUCGUCAUACGGCCAGCCUAAUUUGGACCUCGCAGACCGACUCCAAGACGCAGCAAAUGGGUUCGAGGAACAACGAAUAUCCGCAACCAGCGGUGCUGACACCCCGAAAGACCUGGAAGCUCGUGUUCGUAUCAUCGAACUGUUUACUCUUCACGUUCUUCCCCGAAACGAGGAAUGGGAGUAUGCACAGGAAUUCAUUAAUAUGAGCGAGGUCCUGGACGAGGAGCGGAAAGAGCUGUUCAUCCAAACGCUCGAAGGGCUUAAGGAGGAGAAGGAGCAAGGAGAGCUGCGUGCUGCAGAGCUCCAGCGUCAGAAAGACGCGGAGCUCGAGCGGCAACGCGAAGACGAGCGGAAAGCCGAGGAGGAGGCGAGCAACGCUUCUCCGUCACAGAAACCCAACGGCCACCGAAGAAAGACUAGCGAAGUCGAUUACGGGGUUGAAAAGGGCAGUUCGCGUGGUGGAGCCAAGGGCAAGGGAUCUCGAUCUACAGAGAAGCCAGCUAAUGGAAAGCCAACCUCGCGGAAUACUGUCUCUGCAUCUGGCUCCAAGAACCCUAAGAAGCAGCUCAAGCCUGAGGCGCGCAGCCAGACGAAGGCUGUUGCUACGGCGCUUCGCAAUCUGUUCACUCAUAUCCUCCGGAGUAUUUCUGGGAACCCCAUGUCAAUAGUACGGACGCUACUUUUCCUGCUGGCCUUCCUGAUGGCAAUGAGCCGGCAGGGUGUACGUGACAGAGUCCGCCGGAUUACAGGCUCGGCAUGGGACAAAGUCAAGGGUACUGUCGGCAUGGGGGUGAAGGUGAGCUAUAUCUGA